CCUGCGCGGGGCCGCCCUCCCGCUCCCGCUGCCCCGCUCCCGUUCCCGCUCCCCUUCCCGCCGCUCCUUCCCCCUUCCCUCCGGGAGCCGCUGGCGUCUGGCGCCGGGAGCCUCCCCGCUGCCGCCGCUGCUCCCGCAUGGAGCCGCCCGCCUGAGGGACGGCCCCGCCCUCGCUCCAGGUGAUGCCGGCCGCCGGGGUGACGAUGCCGCCGGCGAGGCGGCGGCGGCCACUGCUGAUGGAGGAGGCGGAGAUGAUGAUGAUGAUGGUGAUGAUGAUGGGCUCCGCCGCCCGGCCCUGCCCCUGAGCGGCAGGGAAGCGCCAGCGGCCGGCUCCCCUGCUCCCCCGAGAUCGCCCGGCUCCCCCGGCCCGUCCUCGAUGUCUCCCCCGCGGCGCGGAGCUCCCUUGGCCGCCUCCCCGCCCUGUCGCUCCUCGCCGCCGCCGCCGUGUCCCUCCCGCCCCGCGGCCCGGCGGCGGCACCAUGAAGGUGGAAGCGGGAGACAACUCCAUGAUCAACCUGUCGGUGCAGCAAGUGCUGAGCCUGUGGGCUCACGGCACCGUCCUCCGCAGCCUCACGGAGAUGUGGUACUGGGUUUUCCUCUGGGCUCUCUUCUCCUCUCUCUUUGUCCAUGGUGCUGUGGGAGUAUUAAUGUUUGUGAUGCUGCAGAGACAUAGGCAGGGGAGGCUGAUAUCUGUCAUUGUGGUCAGCAUUGGAUUUCUGGGUUCUAUAACUGGAGCAAUGAUAACCAGUGCUGCAGUAGCUGGAAUUUACAGAGUAGCAGGAAAGAAUAUGGCUCCCCUAGAAGCUCUUGUCUUUGGCGUUGGACAGACAGUACUGACAUUAAUUAUCUCAUUUUCAAGAAUUCUCGCCACGCUUUGAAACUAAUGUAGAAAGGGGGGAGAAAAACGUCUUUAAUCUGAAGAGAAGCUUCCUGACAGUGGAUUCAUCAGCUUAUGAACUUCAAUUCUAGUGCAAGAGGAAGGAAGCUAUGUGGAAAGUGCACUACAAAUCUCGAGGCUCAGUCAAAUGAGCAGGCUGUCCUCUAGUGUUGGAACUGCUGCACUCCUGCACUGCGCCUUAACGUGCCUCUGUCACGGGCGAGGGGGGAUCCCUGUGUGCCAGGCAGAGAUGGAGCACCUCGGGCAGCUGCCAGGCAGGUCCAUGCUUGGUGGUGGGAUCACUGUCCUUAACACAUUGGAAUGAAACAGAGGGGCCAUCCUGAAAGUUGCUCCGUGUGCCAAACUUGGGGUUUCAUUCUGAGCGGGUGGCUGGGUAAGCUCUGGAAUGUAGAAGAAUUCUGUGAAUGUGCACAAUUCUCCUUGAAUUCAGGGGAAAUAGCAAGAUAACUGACUUUUGUGUAUUAGAAGAAUCUCUCUGGAUGCUGAAUAUUCCUGUUCAGCAUUCAAAACAACGGUUAGAUCUGUGUCAAAAUGUAGAUUAAUUUUGAUGGGGUUUAAGAACCGCAGCUUUAACAACCCUGGUGUAAUUAGCACUAUGUGAAGAAUGGCUCGUGGCAGUUUUGUUCCUUGGCACAUUUCUUUGUGAGUUUAGCCUGUCAGAAAUCAGGAGUUUAAGGUGACUGUAUGAAGGUUAUUAAGUACAAGCUGUUGUGUAUGCACAAACAAAUCUUAAACUGAUGUUUUCCUUGAAAUUACUUUGUCUUAAGCAUACAGAUGGCUACCAGCCCUUCUGCAAACCUCAGAAAAAGGGUACUCAUUGCAAAUAAACUCCCUAUAUUUAAUUAAGCACUGGUAGGACCCUUACCCCUACAUGUAUUCUGUAAGGAAAACACAAAUACAACAAACUCUCAGAGAAUACACCUAUGAGGAAAAUAGAAAGGUUUAACAAUAUGAUAUCUUGGUUUUCUAAUGAGAAAAAUAUUAAGUGUAAUAAAAUGGUUACCAUACUCCAAAAAUUUGUAAGUGGGGCAGCACUAAUGUAUUUACUACCUUGUUUCUGAACACUUUGUAUCUUUGGAAAGAUUAAGAUACCUGGAACUUUCAAAUACUUAGCUUUCAGUGGUUUGUGCUUUUCUAGUUUAAAAGGGACUGAGUGGUGUUGUGCAUGUGAAAUGUCAUAAAUGUGAGUGUUUGGAGUAAAGAGAAAUUUUAAGUCUAAUGACUAAUUAUUUAUGAAAUACAAAAUAUAAAGGGCAAAAGGUUCUGUGAAGAAUAAGGAAUCUUUUACAUCUGCUCUCAGCUUAAGGCUUUUCAGCAGUUGUCUCUUAAUGAUGACGGGGAGUAAAUCACUCAAAGAUUUUGCUGUUAUGAUGUCAGAAAGACUUUCAGGACUGUCACAAACAUUGGCACCUACUGCACACCUAAAAGAAUAUGUUUAAAAUGUAACUUGCAAUCCAGUCAUUGCUUAGUACUUUGAAAUAUAAUGAAUUAACCUGUCUGCCUUUAUCUUAAUCCACAUACAUUUCUUUAAAGUACUAGAAAUGCUGAUAGUGUUUGUUUUCUUUGAAAGCAUCAAAGUCCUGUUUGGAAAGCAUACAAAGUUGUGGGCUUUGCAGGGAACAAGUUAAAAUAUAGGUUUAUACAUAUUUUCAGUAUUAUUUUUACUUCUAAUUGCUUAAAAAUGUGGCUGAAUACAAAUACUGUCAUUGUUUUUGAAUGUCUUCAAAAACUUUCCGGUCAUUUAUUUUUUUGUAAUUUGUCUUUUAUUUCUGCUUAUGAUUUUUUGGCACACAACCAUUGCACUUUAAUAGACAAUGAAAUUAUGACAUCUGUAACAAGCAAUUGAAACUUCUCCCCAUUGUCUUAAAUUGUGAGAAAACUGGUUUCAGGUAUUAAAGUCAAAUUGAAUAAUAAAGUGAUUGAAGAUA